AUUUAAAUCCCCGAAUAAAGGCCAUAUACCAACAAAAAUCUCGCCUGAUCACCGAAAGUGUAUAUGAAAAAGCCUGUCAUAAAGGAAGCGACUCUAAGUCACAUUGAGAUCUUUGUGUAUCUAUCGAUAGACCGGAUAUUUAAAGCUCUUUAAUCACCGCCAAUACCCUACAACACCCUGUCUUCCACGGUUUCUGCUACCCAAUGGAAUGGAAUUUUUAUAGACCUUCCUAUACUGACAUAUCUUUAACUUAGGUUUCCUGUUGCAUUGCUAUGGGUCUCGAAACGAAAUUAUUUGAAGGGGAAGUGGACGAUUCCUUCAUUUGUAAACUAUGUCAAAAAGUGUUCUUGAACCCGGUGUCUUGUUCUUGCAAACACAUGUUCUGUAACAAUUGUAUGAUGAAGCGUCUACAAUAUGAAAAGCUGAAACACUGCCCAAUUUGCAAGACCAAAUUUACCGGAAAACUCGCGCAACCUUCAAACGAGUUCAAGCUCCAGCUAUUGCAACUGAGGAUAAAUUGCAGCAACAAGUGUGGGAAAUCGGUGCUGUUGGGAGAACUACCGGACCAUGUGAGCGAAAUGUGUCCUCACACACCCAUCAAGUGCCCUAAUUAUGGGAAAGGAUGUCGCAAAACGAUUCGACGCUGCGACAUCAAACAUCAUCUAAAGGAAUGUGAUUUUCGGGAAGUCGUCUGCGAAGCAUGCGGUCACACAACCAUUUUUCGAGAUUUGUUUACGCAUCAAAGUCGGACAAAAUGCUUGGAGAAAAAACUGAAGCAGCAAAUUAUUCGCGAGUUUAGAAAUACGACUAGAGAAGUUCGCCGUCACAAGUCCCUUCUGACAAAGCAACACGUGAAGAGGGACAUUUUACUCAGGAGACAAGAACUGGAGCACAGCAGAAAUCUCCAGAGCAGCAGGUUGUCAACAAGUCGAAAGUUUGGGUCACUGGAGAGCCUUGCCAACAGCAACGGUAAUAUCAGUACUGGCGUAUUCUUAACCGAAAACGUUCUGCAGAAAUAUUACAAGCCGGCUAAUGGACAUAGUGGAAGUUCUGUCAUCUCAGACACCACGUCGCUUGGGAGUCGAGCCCCACUCCCAUCCAGGGCGGGGCACAACGUGUUCGAAUGCAUUCGGUGUAAAAAGCUGUUCAAACCUCAAAAUAACCACGAAAACGCAUGUUCUUGGCACCAAGGGCCGGUGAGUUCCAAGUACUUUUUUUAUUUUACAUAAUUAGACAUGUAACAAUGCGGACAAGAAAUGAAAUUUAAAUACAAGAGUAAAUAUACGCUAGAUCCUUCAACUUUGGUCAAACCGUGCAUUUGCACAGGUUUUAAAUCCCUUGGAUUUAUGUUGAUCUUCGACUAAACAGACUGUAUGUAGAGAAAGAGGUAUUGCAAACUUUUUUAAAGGUCGUGUCGUCAAAUCAAAUUGAUUUUGCUGCAAAUAUCUCUUUUUGGGUGACAUGACACACGAUCAAUUUGGCAACAUUGAUAUUGAUUCAUAUAUCACUGAACGGUCUGUCUUCUCUUUCAUGGAAAAGUAUUUAAAUCAAUUGGUGUAUCAGCAGUUUUAACCGAAAAUUAAAUAAAUCGCGAUAAGCGAUUGCAAUCGAAUCAAACGCUCUAAAAAAACUGAAAAACCAUAGUAAUGUCACGCCUAAUGGAAGAUUUACUUUUCUACAGCGUAAAUAUACAUGCUUUUUAAUUGGAUACUUGAGGUUAUAUUUCCCUGACAAAAAUGUUAUGUAUGCUAAAUAUAGCAGCCCAUAAUGAAGUCCUAAUAUACCGUGGUCCAAAUGUGUUUGCCUAGUGGGACGUCCCAAUCAGACAUAUUGCAUGGCUGACACCAUAGCAAGAGUUCUUUAAUAAUAAAAUAAAUUUAAAAGCGUUUACUUUAAGCGAUAAAUCACUUUACAGAAUCUACAUCAAUUUUCGACCGGGUGACGUAUUUUGCCAAUUUGAAAAGCGUUGUCGUAAACUUGAUCCCUUCAUAGUUCAAACAUAAUAAUUAUAUAUCAAUGUCUACACAAAUUCACAAAUUAAAUGGCUUGAUAGCAACAGGAACCGUUAUUAUUUGCAGAGAACUUAAUAUGUCAAUACUUUUUUUCUUUUUCAUAUACAAACCUGUCCGGUGUAUUUAGAUAGUAAGUAUUCUCUGUCAGCUUUCAGUGUUUCGAGUGGAUGUUGUAAAUCUUGGAGAACAAACUUUGGCUGUGGGCUUUCAAUGAUGGAAAAACAAAUACCAAGUCUCAACGACAUGGCUUUUUACAUCUAAAACUUUCAUUUAAAACAAUUGUGAAAGCUAUUGAAAAAGAAAAUAGGCUGAUAACAAUGCUUUUUAAAACAUACGACAUUUCAAGUUUUAGUUUACAAUAAACCAGAGAUGAAUAAAUUUUAAUAGAAAACAAUAAAGGAAACCUUUGUUUAAUAGAAAUCUUAUUUUCAAAUUUCAGGUCAAAGUAUUUGUAAGUAUACAUUUACAUUUAUCUGAAUUGCUCAAGUGUUUUAUAGUUUUGAGCACACUUGAAUACAAAGAUUGAAAGAGAGUGUUGAGUUUUUGAAGUAUUUGAAACUGCAGAGAUUAUUUUAUCAUGAAUACAUAGUUUUGCUUUUUUUCCCCUUUCAUUCUACUGCCUGUGAUCUCCAUUGAUUUACUCAGGGUGUAAGUAUUCUUAGCUUACUUAAAUAAAUCAAAUUGCAUGCACAGAAUUAGUUCCAAAAUUUUCAAGAUUCGUUUUGCAAUGAAUAAGAUUUGUUGUGUACUAAUGCUAUAUUGUUUUGACUGAGGGUUUUUUUUAUUUUUCAUGCUUCCAUGAAUAUGAAAUUAACAGGGGGUAAGUACUAAGCAAAUUUUAUGAAACAUCAGUAUGAAAAAGUUUGGUUUAAAUAUUACAUAUCUAUUAUCUUUGGUUGUAGACUAUUUAUGAAUACAGAAAAAUAACUGGAUUGGUCCUUCUGUUAAAACUUAUUGCAAAGUAUACUUUUGUCCAAUUUUUGCUAUAUGAAGUAUAUUUUGACUAGUUUUGGUUUUUGGUAAUGAAUCAGAUUGUCCUAAUUUUCCCUAUUUGCAGACUUGUUAUGGGUGUGGCAAAGUGGAUUAUUCCCCAGGAUGCAUCACAGGUUACCACCAGGCUUAACAGAAAGCAUAAUACCAAAUCAUUCCAAUGUCAGCAGAAUUGACUGUUUAAAUAUUUGUGUCUGAUGUUUAUUUAAUUUAUGUACAAUAUAAUUACAAUAUUAUAUGGUUUUUAUCCUAUAAUACUUUUUUUAUCUAUAGUAAGCAAUUAUUUUUUUUCUAUAGAAUGCUGUAUAAACGUAGAAAUAAAUUACUUUCAAUACA